GAGCAUAAUUUUUCAGAUAGUAGUUCCAACACGAACUGCAUGGUUUAUACAGGAGCUUCCAUCACUUAUUAUUCCACUUUACUAUAUUAUCACUGAAUGUUUGAUAUAUCCAUUCUUGAUAAGAAAUGGAAAACGGACUCCCAUAUUCACAUUUAUUCUAGCAUUUUUGUUUUGCACUCUUAAUGGAUAUAUGCAGGGCGCAUGGCACACCAGAUACGCUGUAUACGAGAAUGAUAUUUAUAAACAAUUUUCUCUUUAUUUAGGCUUAUUGCUUUUUUUCACAGGAAUGCUUAUCAAUUUGCAUUCGGAUUCCAUUUUAUGCAAUUUGCAAAAAGAUGAUGAAAGUUAUAAAAUACCAAAAAACGGUGUAUUUGAAUAUGUAUCUGGUGCAAAUUUUUUCGGUGAAUGUAUAGAGUGGAUCGGUUAUGCGAUUUGUCUGCGUACGGUACCUUCGUUUGCAUUUGCUCUGUUCACUUGUUGCAUUAUCGGUCCUCGAGCUAUACAUCAUCAUAGAUGGUAUUUAGAGAAAUUUGAAAAUUAUCCACGUCAUCGAAAAGCUCUUAUACCAUUCCUUCUUUAA